GCAUUAAUUUUGUUAUAGAGAAGAAACAUCUCCUUCACUCUCCUUCCCUUCCCCUUGGACUCAUCCAAACAAAGGCUGAAGCUCGAGACAAAAAUCUGAUCUUACAUUGUCUCGAGCUAAAAAUUACACUUUCGAUGACGCUUCUCUGCUAUAAAUUCAUGAAGCAAUUCAAUGGCAUUUUUCUCCUUCACAUCGAUAGAGCCUAUCCGAUAGGUGGACUUGGGUUAAAGUCUUGCUCCACAGAGUGAAUCUAUCCACCUUUGAUUCAGGAAGAAUGGCAGGCAAAGGAAAGAAGAAAAUAACUGGAGCCGAUGAAGAAGGAAACAAAGGAGGACCAGGGCGUCCGCCACUGUCUCAAGAAGAAAAGAUGAAAAAGAAGGAAGAGAAAAAUAAAAAGAGCAGAGAAAGUCCGGCAAUUCAGAAGUGUGAAUUCAGUAGACUUCUGCAAGAGGAAAAAGUAUUCAAGGCCUUUUGUGAGGAGCAUGGACUAACGGAAGUGUACCAAAACUAUCGUGAAAAGUGGAAGAAAAGAACUGAAGAAAGUUCAAAGAUGAAGGGUAUGGAAGAGCAAACAAGAGAGUUCAAUGAAGAAGUUGACAAGCUUGCUGAAGUUAUUUUGGGUUGUGGAACAAACAUACCAUAUGAGGAGGGACUUCAACUACUUAUACAAUAUUAUUCUGAGGACCAGGCAGCAGCUGUUGAGGAGAACCGUGAAAUGUUGGAAGGAAACUUAAAGGCUGGACCCUCAAAUGUUGACUCGAAUUCUGGUGGAGAAUGGCAGUCUAGCACUACUUUGAUAACUGGUGUUGUCGCCGAUUCUAGUAGCGCUGGAGGUCAUGGUGGAAUAGGGCCGAAGUUAGGCACCCCAUUUGAGCAAGCAUGGGAAUUAAAGAGGAAGAGAGAGGAAGAACUGGAUGAAGCUCGUAGGGGCAAAAGGCCUGCAACUGCUGACAAUUACACUCCACCUCAUCCUCCAAUUGAUGGUUCUCAACCUAGUGGGUUUAUGGCUGAUGCUCGCCGCCAGACUUCCCCUCAGUCAGCUGCUGCACAUCUUUUCUCUACCUCAGCAUGGGCAUCUCAGUGGGAGGAGAGGUUAAGGAAGUUAACUGGUGAGCCUGUGCCGGGGGUUAACAAUGGAGCCCAUGCAAUUAUGGACGAUUUUGUGAAGCUGGUUCUGGGGUCCUCUAUCUCUCAUGCAAUUUAUCUGGCGAAGCAAUAUGAGAAGCUCCAAGUCAAAGAUGCUGAAAUAAGAAAGCAGGAACAAGAAGUUUUAGCAGCUGCUUCUAUUGAUGCCAACCCUAAAUUCAAGGAAAAGAAGAAAGAAGCAGACGACCUGAAAAAACAAGUAGAGGAGCUGCAGGAGGAAGUUAGCAAACUUCAGGCUGAACUGGCAAAGAAGGAUGAGAUUAUUUCCAAGGAUGUAUUUAAGCAGAACCUGGCUGCCGUAUCCCUUGGCUGGAAUUUAAUGAAGAAGUUUCUGGAGUCCAUGGAUGCUGGUACGGAGUUGCUUAACCUGUCUCUCUUGGACACCAUUAAGCACCAUCCUCCUCUUCUUCACCAGUUCAACGAGGGUCUGACUUCAAUAGGUCAGGGACAUACUGAUAUUGAUGACACAUUUUGCAUCCCGUUCGAUCUACCAGUGGUUGUGUCGGACCCCUUUGUUUCGGAUCAGUUCACCCAGACUGUCAAUACGGAAGGUGAGCUCAUCGGCUUUGGCCCUCCAGGAGAUCCUAAUGUUGUCAUCUUAAGUGCCAAUAGUCCUCCGCUUCAGACUGCAAAUACCGGAACUAACAAUUUGGACCAGGAGGACAAUAUUGCUAAUCGGGAGAAUAAAGCUGCAGAGGCUGACAACUCAGGAAUGGGCGCUGAUGCCACCUGUGGAUCGUGGUAUCCUUGAAUUCCUCCCUUUUUACAUCUGAAUAAUAGUUUGGAAUGCAUUCGUACUUGCUUAAUUUGAACAAUUUCAUUGCCCCUGGCUCCUGCGCCGUAUAGCCCAGAAAACUGAUAGAGUUUGUAUAUAUUUUCCUUCUGUUUAUCCAUUGGAUUCACCGAAUGCUAUAUUUUGGUGCCGAUGGGAGCAUCUUCUUAUUGGACAUUGAUAUGUUGA